GGGCGCAAUGUAAUUAUUAGUGGAUGCUGCUUAUAAAAGGCUCGUGACACACUCGCACCUGAUUGGUUCAAGUGCUGCCGUUUGAUUGGUCAGUGUGACACCGUGGGCGUGGUUUAACGUCAAUGUUUAUGUAGCCCGCUGUCCGUGUAUGUAACCGCACCAAGGACUCUGCAAUGUGAUUUGAUUGACCAUUGAUUUGUUUUCGUAUCAAUUCUUUUUCUCCCCGCGGUCGUUAGCACAUUAUGCACCAGCCGUCGACAUGGGGAGCCACUAGCAGCUGAAACACGGAGGAAACCGAGGAAAAAGCCGGAAUGGCAGGCGCCUUUGGGCUCAAAGGCUGCCAGAAAAUUCGAGGUCCGCAGAUCAGGAGUCUGCUCGAGGCGAAGGACUUCAUCCUCUUCGACUGCGACGGGGUCAUAUGGCACGGGGAGACGGCGAUAGCGGGCGCCGCGAAGGUGGUGAGCUCGCUGAUCCAGCUCGGCAAACACGUCGUGUUCGUCACCAACAACUGCACCAGGCCCCGGGAGAACUACGUGCACAAGUUCUGCCGGCUGGGCUUCACCGACGUGAUGCUGGAGCACAUCUUCAGCUCGUCGUACUGCUCGGCCCUCUACCUGCGGGACGUCGUCAAGGUCCGCGGCCAGGUGUUCGUCAUGGGCUGCGACGGGCUGCGCAGGGAGCUGGAGGGGGCGGGCGUCCCCUGCGUGGAGGAGGCGGACGAACCGGACGCCACCAUCUACGACUGCGCCCUGGCUCCGGACGUCAAGGCGGUGCUGGUGGGACACGAUGACAAACUGACUUUUCUCAAACUGGCCAAGGCCUCGUGCUACCUGAAGGACCCGGACUGUCUGUUCCUGGCCACCGACAAUGACCCCUGGCACCCGCUGUCGGGUGGAAGGAUACUGCCAGGUUCUGGGUCCCUCACUGCGGCCCUGGAGGUCUCCUCGGGCCGCAAGGCCACCGUGAUCGGCAAGCCCAGCCGCUUCAUGUUUGAGUGCAUCUCCAGCCAGUUCAGGGGGCUGGAACCCAGCAAGUGCCUGAUGAUCGGGGACCGCCUGGAGGUGGACAUGCUGUUCGGGUCCAACUGCGGCAUGGACACCAUGCUCACCCUCACCGGCGUGUCUCAGAUCAAGGAGGCCCACGAGUACAGGGACAGCGAGCUGACCGCCAACCGCAGCUUUGUGCCCAACUACGUGGUGGACUCCAUCGCCGACUUCCUGCCGGCUUUUGAGGAACUGGACGAACAGAGCGAUUGAUGGAGUCCCUUCGCCUCUAGUGCGGAGCAUCGAUUUGCUUCUACUGCAUUUUCAAGUGCGAUGGUUAGUCUGGCAUUUGCAAAAAGAAAAAAAAAAAAACUAUCCCUAUCCACAAUUAUCAAAAACUAGAAAUGUUCCUCAGCAACAAGGCGCUGUUCAUGACCAAGGCACACAUAGGACAGAAUGUUCUCCCCCAAAAUAAUCAGAGUAAUCCAGUGCAUACCUCAGUGUUUCUUCUAGUGUUGUGCCCAUCUGUGACUUGGCCGUUGCUGUACGUGUUAAUAUUAAUCUAUGAAUAUACUGCACUUUCUUCUCCGUAGAGUUCACAGGUCGUGUUUGAUAAUGGGUUUGAGCAUCCAGAGGUAUUUUUGUAAAGCCAUGAAUUGUUCUGUAACAGCAUUCAUGUGUUAAUUAUUUGUUUUGUCAAAAGGCAGACCCGUACUUAGUAACGCAGUUUUCUCAUGUGUUUAAUUCACGGCAAGAGGAGAUACUUAAAAACGUCAAACUGUGAGAGCUUUUCUCGGCUCUGCUGGAGACUUGAGAUGACAAUCUGCCCGUCAGACAGGUGACGUGUACGUUCACCUCUCUGUCCCGUCCGUGCUACUUGUGCCAAUAUUCAUCGGAGUGCUAAACAGCUUAACGGAUCUCAUAGUUAGUCAUACUGCACUGUUGUGAAAUGUCAAUGUUGUUAAUGUUUACCAUAUAGAGCAUGCCAGCGACGGUAACGACAAUAAAAUUCCUGAAAAUG